UUUCUAAUCUCAAUCAAAAGGAUUUGCGUUUUAUCGACAAUGAGCAAAAGAAGGCAUGAAGAUGACGAAAUUGGUUCCGAUUAUUGCGGGAAUAGCGUCUCCAAAAGGAUUUCGAGAGAUGAGCGCCGCGUUGACUAUCGUCACACCACUGGUGAUCGCUACAAGGAGCGCGAUGACAAUGAACGCAGCAGAUCCUCAAAGAGCGAACGUCGUUACGACUCUGAUAGGUACGAUUCAGACCGUCCCCGACGGCGUACAGAAUAUGACGAUUACAACGAUAGAAGGCCUCCAAGAAGAAGGGAAUGUCCAAAACGAGAAUAUGAUGAAGACGAGCCGGAACGAGGUUCCCGACCUGCUUGGGAUAAUGCAAAAGUGAAACGCCAUGCAGAAAAGAUUCAGGAGCGCAAACUGCUGUGGAAAGGAGGAAAUGCUGCUUUGGAUGGAAAAUCUGGGGACGAAAAGAAUACGAGUGAUGACGAAGAAUUUGGCCCUCGUUUGCACCCAACCUCUUCCUCUGCUGGAAACAAACCUGAGAAGAGCGAGAAGAAAUUGGAGAACAAAUGGACAUCAAUGAUAGCUGCUUCUGCUAAAGACACAAAUCAAAUGGAUAAAUUUCAGAGAUUGAUGGGACUUAAAAAGAAUUCUGACAAUGAAAAGGCUCAAGAAAAAUCUCAAUCUGAUGAUCCUGAGAAGCAAGCACCAUCACUUAAUGCUGAAGAUUUGGAAAAAGAACGACUUAGACAAUUGGAACUUCAACGAAAAUUGGAUAUUCAAUAUGAAACGGCUCGACAUACCCAAUUUUCUCGUAGAGGAAAAGGACUUGGCUCUUUUUAA